AUGGAACACAGACAUUCGGGUGAACUCGCUAAUAAUUAUCAAGAUCGUAUACUUUCUAUACAAUACCAUGAAUUACUUCAACAAAAUCAGCCCAUGCUUAAUGAAUAUAUUGAAUUUUGUUCCGAACGACAUGUUUUACCUAUAUUCAAGUUCAACAUAAAGCAAUUAUAUCUAUAUGGAACUAUGAAAUCAGCUACAGAAGCAGAGCAACGAUUUUUCGAAAUACAAAACGAACUAUUUGUUCAAAAUGCUAAACAAGAAAGUGCAAGUAGCAUUCUUUGGUGGUAUGAAGCAUGGGAUGGUUCAUGGCAAAUGUAUAAUGUUAAAAUUAAAAAUGAGAUAGAACAUCAUUAUAAAUCAAAUAUAUUCAAUUUUACGUUAAUCAAUGAUAUUGGCGAAACAAUAUCUUUUGAUAUUAACAGGAGGGAAGAAAUUUAUGGUCAACGAAAAAAACGUAUCCGUCGCUCAAAGAUUGACGAAUUACAGCCAAACUACUGGACUCUUACUCCAUUGGCUUUAGAACGAUUUCUACUUGACGGAAUAUCAAAAGAGUAUCUGAUGGUUAGAGAUAAUUUUGACAAAAAAAUGGAAGGACAUUACGAGAUACUUAAAUCUAUUGAACGUAUUCAAAACUUAUGUUUAUUCAAGCAAUUUUGCGCAUUACAUGAAUGUUUUAUUAACAAAUACGGUAAUAAUGACUUUGCAGCUAUACAUUAUCUAUUUCAUGGUUGUCCUGAGUCGGCUUCGAAUCAAAUUAUUGAACGUGGUUUCAAUCGAAAUUAUUGUGGAAUUAAUGGAUGUUGUUACGGACGUGGAGUAUAUUUCUCAAAGCAUGCAGACUAUUCCAAUCGAUUUGCAAAAACAAAUGGAAACAAUGAAAAACGAAUGUUCUACAGUCGCGUUUUAAUUGGUCGAAGUAUGAUCGGUAACUCGACAAUAAACCAGCCAAACGAUGGAUUUGAUACAACAACGGAUGGUAAUCAUAUCUUUGUUUGCUAUCACGAUAGUCAAUGUUAUCCAGAAUAUUUGUUAACUUAUGUCUGA